AUGAAGAUUGGAGAGGUUAUAUCUAAAGCAGCGCUUAUAAUCUCCGCAGUAGGUAGAAUUUCCAUCGCAGAAGGAAACAGCCUCCAGCUGCAAAAUGAAAGCAGCAUAGCCCAGACAAACUAUACUCCCAUGGUAGGGGCCGCGUGGGAGAUGCCAGAACAGAUAUUUGUGCCUUUUGAAGAGCCACAGAGCCAUGCAGACCACGCAUCCCGGCAAAUCCGAGAGGCUGCAGGCAGAGAAGUAGCAGACACGCCUUAUUUUAUGUUUAGCAGUAGGAUCGCGAUGCGCAGGGAUCUUCCCGACAAGCUGUUUCUUCUGGUUGAUUCAGCAGAUCCUGUGACGGGAAGCAGUGCUGGGCAGACACACAGCAUAAAAUAUAAGCAAGUAGAAAGACCCGGGGAGCUGCCACUUGCGCGAGCCCUGAUGAGCUCUGCAGCACUAGGGUCCAAUGAACAGAAGGAAAUUGCAGACGGACUAGUGGCAAACACGUGCAGCCAAGUAGGAGACACCCGGGGGGCAAGAGCUGCAGAAGAGAGUGUAUUUGUAGACAAGCUCAGCCUGUGCUACGGAGAUGCAAAUGCGUUCACCCAUCUGAUGAUGGAGGAGUAUGAGAGCAUGCAGCAGCAUCUCCAAGAAAACUUACAGUUUGUGUCCCCGCGCCGCGUGGUGGCUUUCUACGACAUGCUCAAAGCUCUGCAGACAUACAGGCUGCUCGAGAUCCAAAACUUCAUGGCGUGGGUAGAGCAAGUCGAUGCAGCAGUGCUGGAAAUGACACAGAACAACUGCAGCCCUGGGUUAGGCAGAAACAGAGCGCCAGGUGAAGAGUGUUCUGAGCACAUACAUGCUACACGCCCCAGAAGGGACGCACUGGCAAAGGACUUGCAUCUGUUUAAGCAUCUGGUGAGCAAUGGCGCGCACCAAGUGCAGGCUCUGUUAGUCCACAUGAUGGAUAUGAUAGGAAUAUACAAAAGAAACAGCAGCCAGCUUCAAAAAGGCAUUUCUUUCAGUAUAGAAGGUGCAGAGUGGGAGAUUAACGAAACGUUCUCUCUCCUCACAUCCAAAAUAGAAGAGUUUCGGGCAGACAGGGCCCUUCACACACAGGUUCACGGCAUAAAGAAGGAAUUGCAGAGAGCAGUGCAGCGAUACUACGGCCUAGUGCAGGAGUUCGAACGCAAUCUUCAAAAAGAGGCAGAAAACAUUGAGAGUCUGCUGUCUGCAAAAGGCCCAACAGAUAAGAGAUAUAUGCCUGCAGCACAGGGCUUUUUAAAGAGCGGGAUGGCAGUGAUGGCCAGCGAGAUAGAGUUUGUUGAUAACGUGUCGAAUGGAAUUAUGCAGUAUAUUAAUACGAUUAACAAUAGAGCUAAUGCGAAGCAGAGAAUGCGCGUAAAAGACACCAAGUGUCCAUUUGACCAGUAUAUACACCAGGAAAGAGAACAGCCAGUGCAGCAGGAAAGAGGACAGCCAUUGCAAAACAAACCACACACUGCACAUACGCCUUCUUCCCACCGAGGAUCUGUGCACAGCGAGAACCAGCACCCCUCCAGCAGCAGAUCCCACGCGAAUACUGGUGGAAGCAGGCGAGAGCAGGCUCCGCAGACCACAGAAGCACCUUCUGCAAGGAUAGAUCCUACGCCACCGCCUCGAACAUGGGAGCAAGACAUGAUGCAAUCCUUUGACAGCAAAGUAAUUAGCGCAAUUAACAAUAUGCCCGAUGCAGCUAGGGCCAAUGCUGCAGCCUGGCUAAGAAAAAGCCUUGCAGCAGGAGACAUACAGCUGUCGCACGCAGCAGAGCUAGAUGCGCAAAGUACUCUGCACCCAGCCAACAACUUUCUGCUGCAGCCAUCUGCACAGAGAAAAGUUGCAGACCGCAUACAUAGCAGCAGACAGAAAGAAAAAGACGCCUCUGCAGAGAUAGAAUCUCUCAAAGACACACUGCGCGCUCUAAAGGACGAAACAACCAAGCUAUCAUCUACAUAUUACUUGGUCCCGCAACACCAUUACCAUAGAGAGAAAUGCAGCCUGCUCUUCUAG